AUGGCCGAGCUCACGCGAAAGUUCUCCGAUUUCCUGACCUCACCGAUCAUAUCCGUUGUGGUCGGCAAAGCCCCCGUGAAGACGUUUCUCCUCCACUCUGAGCUUCUCACAACGACAUCGAAGCGGUUCGCUAUCUCUCUUCAAGGAGAGUUCAGAGAGGCAGCCGAGCGCAGGAUUGAUCUGCCUGAUGAAGAUCCCGACGUUUUCGGCUACUUCCUCAAGUAUCUGUAUGGUGACGAGUGGCUACGGAGCUCGCAGAUCGAACACGAGGCCGAAUAUCCUAUUCUCGCUCGCCUCUAUGCUCUGGGGGAGCGCCUCCAAGCCAUCGCAUUCCAGCGGACCGUGUUGCUGAAGUUCAUGUCCAGCUUCAACGAUAAAACACAACUAUCGGAUCAGGGCCUUUGCGAUGUCCUGGAGAUCGCCUGCGCUGAGAUCACCGCUCGAGUCGACGAAGAUCCGUUUCGAGACCAGGUCUUUUGGUACGCCACUCGCAGGCUUACCCAGCUGCAGAAGUAUGGACGCUUCAAGCAGCUACUUAGCGAGCAACCGGACCUCGGUGCAUCUUUGUGCAUGCGGGCCAGCAGCAGCGGUGCUGCGCAACCAGCGAAGCCUAAUGAUCCGGUGCCGGCCAGAUUCAGAUCGGAGAGUGUCUUUUGA